AUGACGAUGUUACAAAAAGCAAUCGAAAUUGUUACCAAGGCCACGGAAGAGGAUACUGCGGGCAAUUACCAGAAAGCAUUUCAGCUUUAUCAAAACGGCGUGGAGCACUUUCUUCAUGCGAUCAAAUAUGAAGCCCAGUCUGAAAAAGCAAAGCAAACGAUACGUGCCAAGUGUGAAGAGUACUUGGCCCGUGCAGAAAAGCUGAAGAAGAUCGUGAACAACGAACAAGACCCAUCUCAGCAGAAACCGCAGAAAGCGACUUCUGGAGGCGGUGGCUCCGCGGAUAAGGAAGAUAAAGAAAAGGACAAAUUCAACGAGCAGUUGGCGGGUGCGAUCGUUGUCGAGAAGCCUAACGUUAAAUGGUCCGAUGUUGCUGGCCUUGAGCAAGCUAAAGAGGCACUCAAAGAAGCUGUUAUCCUUCCCACGAAAUUCCCCCAUCUCUUCACCGGAAAGCGAAAACCCUGGCGAGGUAUUUUGCUUUUUGGACCUCCCGGAACUGGAAAAUCAUACCUUGCCAAAGCAGUCGCCACCGAAGCUGACAACUCGACGUUUCUUUCAAUCUCCUCCUCCGAUUUAGUAUCGAAAUGGCUCGGAGAGUCUGAGAAGCUUGUCAAGAGUUUAUUUCAAAUGGCUCGUGAGAAAAAACCGUCUAUCAUAUUUAUCGAUGAAAUCGACUCUCUAGUAUCCUCUAGAAGCGACAAUGAGUCUGAAGCGGCACGCAGAAUAAAAACCGAGUUCUUGGUUCAGAUGCAAGGAGUCGGCGUCGAUAACGACGGCGUUCUAGUCCUCGGCGCUACCAACAUUCCAUGGGUGCUCGACAGUGCUAUUAGACGACGUUUCGAGCGACGAAUCUACAUUCCUCUACCGGAGGCGCCAGCUAGAACUGCUCUCUUCAAGCUCCAUCUUGGCACUGAUGAUUGCCACUGCCUCACUGAUGCAGACUUCACAAAACUGGGCCACGAAACUGAACGAUACUCAGGAGCCGAUAUCGGCAUCGCCGUUCGAGAUGCUCUCAUGGAGCCCGUUCGGAAAGUUCAGCAAGCUACUCAUUUCAAACAAGUAACCGGACCUUCACCCAACGAUCCAAGCAAAAUCGUCAAUGAUCUACUCACGCCCUGCUCUCCUGCAGACCCAGCUGCCCAAGAAAUGUCUUGGCUUCAGGUACCUGGCGAUAAACUUCUUGAGCCAAAAGUUGACAUGAGAGACAUGGAAAAGUCCCUCAGAAACUCGAGGCCAGCAGUUAAUGACGAGGACCUGGAAAAAUUACAAGAAUUCACAGAACAGUUCGGAAUGGAAGGUUGA